AUGUCUUCUCCCUACAAACACGUCCUUCUCGUCGGCGCUACAUCCGGAAUCGGUGCAGCACUGGCUGACAAGUUCAUCCUCCAGGGUGCCAAAGUCAUCGCUGUCGGCCGCCGUCAGGAUCGACUUGACGCUUUCGUCCAGAAGCACGGCCCUGACAAGGCAAGUGGUGUCAAGUACGAUGUUACAGACAGGGCUGGCCUCGAUGCCUUUGUAGAGAACACAUACCCCGACCUUGAUUGCGUCUUUCUGAACUCGGGCAUUCAAAGCCAGAUCCGUCUAUCGAGGCCGGAGGAAGUUGACCUCGAUGCCUUCCACGACGAGAUGAGCACCAACUUCAAUAGGCUCGUAGAUCUCUCGGUCAAGUUCCUCGCGCACCUUAAGAAGAAGUCGGCCCCGAACGCGCUUAUUAUCACGGGAACUCUGCUUGCCCAGAUCCCAGCUGCGACAAUGCCGGCAUACUCUGCGUCAAAGGCGGCAUUGACAGCUUAUGUUACCUGCCUACGCCGCCAGAACGCGGGAUCCAACACCAAGAUUAUUGAACUGUGGCCCCCCGUCGUCCAGACCGAGCUUCAUGACUACAUGGGCGCCGAAAAAGGUCGGGCCAUGGGAAUACCCGUGGCGGUGUUCCUUGAAAAGACGUGGCCGCAGAUUGUCUCAGGAAUUGAUCAUAUCAUUGUUGGUGCCAUUGGAUCCGAAGAAUCAUUCCUGGGUGCCAUCCAGCAGCGCCGGGAACAGUUUGAGGUCUUGUCUGGCCAUCUACUCACUCACUUUGAGCUUAACUACGACUCCAUCAUAGUUCGACUCUAUUUUGUCGUCUUAAGCGGUAGUGACCUGGCUGCCAACCAAUUUCGAAAGCUUGUGGAUGGGAGAAUAGGCAAAUGGAAGCGGAAGCUUCGGUGCGACUUGAGGCUAGAAAGCUGCGGCCAGUGCCAGAGAGCCAAAAUCGUGUGUCAAGGAUACCGGAAUCCCCAAGACUUGGCCUUCCGCGACGAGACGGAUGCAGCCAAGCGCAAGGUCUUGGCCCGUUCGGGAUAUUAUCUUGCUGAAGUAUCUGGUUUUCCCUUGCCAAUAUGGGACCUGAACUUGGACAUGGAGACACGCUGUCGAGAAAUCUUCUUCUCUCAGUAUGUCACAGGACUUUCACAGAGCUGUGCCCCUCUCAUCCCCCUCUAUAACCAGGCUCCAGCCAUCGGGCACCUCGCGUGCAGUGUCGGCGCAGCCAGCCUGGCCUUUACCGCUGUUCAAUUCGAGAGUCAAGAAGUCAUGAGCUUGGCAAACAAGAGGUACUUGGCAGCCAUCCAGAACCUGGGUCAAGCUUUGCGAGACCCUAAGGCACUGAAGAGUGACGAGACUCUGCAAGCCAUCUUGCUCCUUGACUUGUACGAAAAGUUCUCUAGCCGCGAAGCUCACAUACCGCCUUCGUGGAUGAGCCAUAUCCAAGGAGCAAUGUCGCUAGUCGCAGCGCGUGGAUCCUUGAACUUCUCCAGCCUAAUCGCUAGUCAACUUGCCAGAAAUGUGGUGAUAACACUAAUGAUAAGUUGCGGAGCUGCAAAGGUCUUCAUUCCAGAGUCCUUGCUAUCGUUACGCAGAGAGCUUGACAUGUUCAAUGCGGAUAGUAAAUGGGACUUUAUGGAGAUAGUAUGUGAAAUCGUGGACUUGAGGGCCGAUAUCCAUCACAAGCGUGGCAGCGGGACUGGGGUUUAUAAGAAGGCAAAGGAGAUUGAUCGAAAUCUAGCAAGCUUGGAGGAUAAACUACCCGAGUUCUGGAAGCCCGUACCUGUCCUGGCGACCGUCAACCAUGGGCCAAGGCUUCUCGACGGACAGUACGACGUCUACCCGAACCAAUAUGCAACACAGAUUUGGAACGCUUUGAGGGCAAUGCGUCUGGAGAUGAUGAAAAUCAUCAGAGAUAAUAAUCCCCGUUCCGAAGCUGGUGCUUCCGAAACCAUCAACCGCAUUUCUCGGCGAAUCUGCCACACGGUGCCCCAGUUCAUCCUUCCAGGGGCCAGACCAGAUAACGCAGAGCCUUUCUCACCGAUGCAGAAGCUACAGUGCAGGACUCUGCUGGCACCGCUCUACCUCGCUGCCCAGCUUUCAACAGACAGCCACAUGAAAGAAUGGAUCUGCAAUUCAAUAGACUACAUGGCUGAGAAGGGGAACAUACGGGUAGCGAAAGAUGUUACUGACAUGCUCAAGACGAAUUCAGGAGAGGACUACUGGACUGUAUGGACGAUGACAGGGUGUUAUGCAAUGGCUGCAUAA